UAAAAGUCUAAUGGCCCCUAAAAAGCAGGAUCAAGAUCCUAAACCUGAACCUCCCCCUGUUACUGGUGAAGCCAAAUCCUCUACUACACCACAAAGUGAUCAUGAAGGGUCAAGUGCUGCUGAAAAUGUCCAAGGUCCAUAUAAUGUAGGAGUCGAUCCAAGAGAAAAUAUACCAGUCAACCAAAGGCCAGGUGCGGCUGAAAAUGCCCGAGGUCCAGAUGAUGUAGGAGUCGAUCCAAGAGAAAAUAUACCAGUCAACCAAAGGCCAGGUGCGGCUGAAAAUGCCCGAGGUCUAGAUGAUGUAGGAGUCGAUCCAAGAGAAAAUAUACCAGUCAACCAAAGGCCAGGUGCGGCUGAAAAUGCCCGAGGUCCAGAUGAUGCAGGAGUCGAUCCAAGAGAAAAUAUACCAGUCAACCAAAGGCCAGUGAAAAAAAAUGAAAAACGUGAUGACUCACAUGCAUGAGACAUGCAUGCAGUCGUCCCUCCUCGUUCAACUUGCAUGAUGACUUAAUUUGGGUUCGUAUCUUUCCUACGUUUGUUGUUGAAGCUGUUGUUGUUGCUUUGCCUUAUUUUAUUUUUCCUUGCCUUGUUUUCUGGGUCAAUAGCCCUACUCCUACGAUUAUGAAUGAGUGGGUGGAAUGCUAGUUGUGUGUUUUUAUUCUCUAUUAUGUUAUCAAUGAAACUAUAUUUAACCA